AUGAGGUCGAUUUCGAAGAUUUUGAACACCCGUUCGAACCGGUGGACUCCCUUGCCACAGUUUCCCUUGACGCAGACUCUCAACAAAACCUUUCCACAAGGCGCAAAGAAGACAGCCAAAUCUUCCGAAAUUGUGAGUGAGAAGCUAUGCGAUGACAUUCUCCAUCGAUUGUCGCCGCUCUUGCUCCGCAACCGCCCAGUAGACGUGCUUGACCUCUGGCCUGGGCCUGGGCUCUGGUCCUCGAAGAUUAACGACCUCUUGCAACCUCGACGGCACAUCCUGAUCGAGCCCAACGCGGUAUUCAAGCCAGUUCUGCAGCCGUUGGUUGACAGUCGCUCCUGCUAUAAACUACUUUCUUCGAAUCCUCUCGACGUUGAUUGGCACAGUCUUUACACCAAACACCUUCCUGAGCAAGGACCGUCAAACUCGGAUCGGACAGGUACCUUGACGAAGAAUGACACCUUACUCGUCCUCGCCCAUCCUCCUCCUCCAAGCUCGAAGAAGGACCACUUUACCCCAGCACGCUGGUUGGCAUCAUUCAUGAGUUCUUGUAUACGAAACACUGAAAUAAAUUUGUACGGGAGUGUGAGGUUAAUCGCCGUCCUUCCGCCGGCCGAUGCGCAGACCAUUCUCCCCCGAACCACCCAUGAAAUAAAACGACCAGCGCUCUUGACAGAAUGCAUUACCUUGCAUGCCUUCGAGGUCGCAGCAGCCCAGGACCCUGGAUCUUGGAUAACGUACAAGGGAUGGGACCUUGUCAGUCAGAGUGCUGCGCGGGUGGCUCAGAGGGCUGCAGAGCAGGGCAUAGUGACCCCGAAAGACCGAGAAUGGCCCCCUUACGAACUGGCACCAGAGUGCCCGGACCCGGGCUCAAUACCAUGUCCUUACGUGCCGCGUCUCAAAACCUCGUUUCAUACUCGCAUGAUGGAAACCAUCAAUGCGGAACAAGAACUGCUGGCCAAGAAACCACUUACCAAGAACGGCAAGCCGCCGAAGAAAAGCGUGAAACACGGGCGCUGCAUCACUCUCCUGAACCAGGAUAACCGACAUGCCUUUAUUCGCGAAGAGCUCAUCCAGCGUCACGCGAAACUUGAGGAACUGACGAGGUCGCUCUCGCGAGCGGCCGCCGAUCCCCAAGCCGAUUCCACGACCCUACGUCCGUUGGUAAAUGAGAUCGAGGCCGUCAAGUCAGCCAUUGCCCAACAGCACGCGGACGUUCACUGGGCAAUCAUCAAGCUGGCGCCCGUCGCUGUGGAUGACAGACGAGCGGCUCUCCCCACCGGCAAUUUCGACGACGCAAGUCUCCUUUGGGACCGUCGCCCCUUCGAACCGCUCGCCAUCCGACCCGAGGAACUCUACCCACGCGAGCACGAACGCACUAUGAUCUACUUCGAGCCCGACCUCAACCCCCCGGCGAUGCGUAAGCUCAACCAACUCGAACCGGCGCAGAGAGACGAGGCGCUGCGCCUCUUCGAAGCGCUCACCUUCACCCUCAGCGUUCGCCCGCUCCUCUCGGUCACCGAGAUGUUCCAGAUCGUGCUCCCGAACCGAUCUAUCAACAGCCUCGUCCAGGCUGUCCCCAGUCUGGCCACGUUCGCGGCGAAAACCCUCAAGCCCGACUUCGACUCCCUCCCCAAGACGAUCCACGGUGACACCAAAGAUGCAGGAGGCAAGCCCCUUGACCCGGCCGACUGUUACCAGGAAAACCUCGACUACGACCUUAGCGACGUACGGCUUCGCUCCUUAUCGACCAAAACCAUGCUGGAUAUUUGCUUCGAGUAUCAGAAAUCAGACCAGCAACAUUCCGCCAUGCACCUGAAUCGCCUCCUAGGCGGUACGCUGACUUCGUUCCGGACAGGCGAUUACCUUACUGAUCGAGUGUGA